AUGCCAAGUGUUAUUUAUAUUACGUUUUCUUUUAUUCUGGUGACUAUCUUGAUCGAGGGAAAGUCUAUAACUAUUAAAAAUAGCACCAUUGGACGCAUUAUUACUGCCCAAUAUUCAAAGAAGGAACUGCGAAAAGAUAUUCUGGAUCAAGUUUAUAAAGAAACGACUCAGAUUGAGAAGAAACUGAAAUCCCUCACCAAAAAAGUCUCCGAGAUGGAAAAAGGUGAUAAAGAAAGAGAAAAAAAGAAAAACAAACCAACAAAGAGCUUUGGGUUCUAUUCCUACAUAUCUAGUGAUCUCAAAAACCCUGGUGGUGGCCAUACUUUUGUAUUUGACGUGGUAAAAACGAAUUAUGAAAAUGGAUACAACGAACGCACCGGGGUUUUCACUGUUCCAAGAAAUGGGCUAUAUUCAUUUACAUGGGUGACACGUGUGCAGUGCAAUGAUGCGUACACAAGUGAGCUUUACGUCAACAAAAAUGUUGUGGGCAGCACAUAUGCGUUCUGUGGUUAUAAUACUGUCACAGGGAAUGCCAUUGUCAAAGUGUCCAAGGGCGAUGUCGUAUUCGUACGUACUCUUGCAGGAAGAGGAAUGAUAAGAAGUAAUAAACAUGGCCGAUCCUCAUUUUCGGGAUUUCGCAUUGAAUAG